AAUAUACACACAGAGAGCAGAGCAGCGCUGUGGGUUUAGUCGAAGGUGUUCUACUCUACAGGCAGGCGCAGACACCUUCACACACCGAGCAGAGGUUUACAGCGCAGUUUGUGUGGCGCCCAGGACCUGAUCUUUUAAAACCAUGCUGGAUUGACUGCAGGGAGGCAACUACAAUCAAUGCCUUGGCUUUGAAAUCGUUCAAAAUUUAUUGGAAAGGAGUGUGAGAUAGAGCGACAGUGAGAGAGAGGGAGAGAGCGAGGGAGAGCGAAGCGAGGGAGAGAGCGAGAGUGGAGAGAGGGGUGGAAAAGAUCAUUUUCAACAAUGGAGCUUACAAUGGAAAACAUUGGAAAUCUGCAUGGUGUGCCUCACUCCCAUCAAACGAGCGACUUAAUGAACUCCCCGCACGCGCGCCAGUCCUCUGCGUCGCAUCGGAACUUGGUGUCGCACGGACGGUCAGCCAUGGUGUCCAGCAUGGCCUCGAUACUGGAGGGAGCGGGGGACUACCGCACGGACCACGCACUGUCUGGCCCCCUGCAUCCGGCCAUGACCAUGUCCUGCGACUCCGGGAUGAGCCUGAGCAGCACCUACACGACGCUGACGCCGCUGCAACACCUGCCCCCCAUAUCCACCGUGUCCGAGAAAUUUCACCACCCACACCCGCAUGCUCACCAUCAUCCGCACCAGCGGCUCUCAGCAGGGAACGUCAGCGGCAGCUUCACUCUGAUGAGGGACGACCGAAGCCUCGCCUCCAUGGGUAACAUCUACGGCCACUACCCCAAAGACAUGUCCGGCAUGGGUCAGCCUCUGUCGCCUCUGUCUAACGGCCUGGGCUCUUUGCACAGCUCCCAGCAGACUCUCAGCGCCUACGGCCCCGGAGCUCACCUCUCCAAUGAUAAGAUGCUCUCCUCGGGGGGAUUUGAGUCCCAUGCAGCCAUGCUGUCCCGGGGCGAGGAGCACCUGGCCAGGGGUCUCGGGGGUCAUGGGGCCGGGCUCAUGACAUCCUUGAACGGCAUACACCAUCACAGCCAUCCGCACUCUCAGGCAAACGGGUCCAUGUUGUCAGACCGGGACAGGCAGACGGUGGUGGGCGGCGGGCAGGGAGGUGGGUCAGGGCAGGUGGAGGAGAUAAACACCAAGGAGGUGGCACAGCGAAUAACGGCAGAGCUGAAGCGCUACAGCAUCCCCCAGGCCAUAUUUGCUCAGAGGAUCUUGUGCCGGUCCCAGGGAACUCUGUCCGACCUGCUGCGGAAUCCUAAACCGUGGAGUAAACUCAAGUCUGGCCGCGAGACGUUCAGGAGGAUGUGGAAGUGGCUCCAGGAGCCCGAGUUCCAGCGGAUGUCAGCGCUCAGGCUUGCAGCCUGCAAGCGCAAAGAACAGGAGCAACACAAGGACCGCAACACAGCGCCCAAGAAACAGCGCCUGGUCUUCACUGACCUGCAGCGCCGCACACUCAUCGCCAUCUUCAAGGAGAACAAGCGUCCAUCCAAAGAAAUGCAGAUCACCAUCUCUCAGCAACUCGGCCUGGAGCUCAGCACCGUCAGCAACUUCUUUAUGAAUGCACGGCGUCGCUGCGUGGACCGCUGGCAUGAUGACCAUGGCACCAGCCCCGGGCAGCCAGGUACAUCUGCCACUACCUUCUCCAAGGCUUGAGAGGAGGAGAGGGCCUUCAGAGGGUCAGGGACAAGGGUUGGAAAUUGGCCGUGAAACCUGUCUCUAACAACCACACCUGGCCUGGACCAUCUGAGUGUGUCCUCUGCCAGAAAAUCCUUUGUGCCAUGCAAUCAUCUUUUUUGUCAGUCAGAAUUAAAAAGCUCUCACCUGAAAACAAGCAUAAUCUAAAAGGUGAACAAGUGAAGUCAGGUUCACUCUGCAUUACCCACAAAAGGACAAUCAUUGAUUCUGUCUUUUUUGGUAAAGAAAAAUCAUUCUCAUGGCAUCUGACAAAGUAAAGAGACACCAAAGAUUUGAUGUUUUUGUUGAACGGUACCUGAAAUAUGCCUCACCACCAAAGUAGCCGCUGAUUCUGAUUUUUUUUCUCUCUUCCCAACUCACCUCCUUUGCGUCUGCCUCUUUGCUCUCUUACGUCCCCUCUAUACGCCGGUGCACACAGAAGCAACAAGGGCGAAAGAACGGCAAUAAAACUGACAACAGAACAGCACAUAGCCUUAUUAUCCCAGCCCCGUCCUGCACACACAAGGCCGUCAUAAAGAAAACAAUGCAGCCUAUGAAAAAAAACAACAAGGCUCUCCAAUUCUCCGCCUCUACCUCCCCCUCCUGCUGUAGUCUCCUUCAUUCCUCAGCCGAAGGUAUUCCCUGAAGGCCAGCCAUUUCAGAGAGCAGCUCAGCCUGAUCAUACAGCAAACUAAUGAAUUGAAAAAUGAAUCGAUGGAGACAGAGAGAGCAGGGCCUUGACCCAUCCUGAAGGUGAAACUCAAGAUGCUCAGCAGUAGAUACUCAGGUCUUCCAGGCCCAGGUCUAUAUUUUUUGCACAGAUGUUGGGGGCCUGUAGGGAGACUUGUCAUUGUUACUCUACGCCUGAGCCAAGAGUCUGUGUUUCUCUGACCAACAGGAGAGGUGGGUGAGAUGCCUGGACAUGCUUAUUGUUCUGCUGGGAGCUUUUCCUCUCGUCAAUAACUGAGAACUAAGCAACAACAACAUGCUCGGGCUUCCAGCCAACUACAUUACAGCUGCAUAUGGAAAAGCAGAAUGUAAGAGGAGCACACAGAACCCGGUGGAGAUGGGGACACAAAGGCCUCACUACAGCAGCAGCAGCAGCAGCAGCAACACACCUCUCCUUACACCCAGGUCCUGCAGGUGCUGACAGAGCAACAGUGCCCCCUGCUGUUGAUAGCAAACACCUCUGUCAAGCAGGAACUAGGGGGGGUUCAGAGUGGAGGAGAGGGAGGGAAGAGCCACUAGAUGCUGUGGAGAAGUCAUGGCACAACACAUUCAGGCCCUCACAGCUCUUUGAAGGCAGAUCAAUAGCUAACCAUUAUCCCAUUGUUGUUCCUCAUCCAACCAGCACUGGUGAAGCCGGAGGAGGGGGAUGGUUAAACCCAACGCUGAAAACACAGGGAUUUAGCAUAAGGCAGGGAUUUAUUUAACCGAUCCAAAUCUUACAGAAUCUACACAAUACAAACACAGAGACGACACAAAGUGGGGAUGGGUAGAGAAUGACGACGAUGACAGUAGUGUAAUAACAGAAAGGCUUUACGGAGACAGGCACUCCUGAGGUGCACUGGAGGCUUGAUUUACAUGAUUUCACCUCUUAUCAAAUCAACCUUCCAUUUCCACAUCGAACCCGUUAGCAAAAACUGCAACCUCUCAACAAAAAGUGAUUCACACCAAAUAUUGUGGUUACUCCCACACAAGUGUUACUCGUAGCUGUCCACCGCACUCCACUGAAAACAAUGCUAAAACAAUUAGUGCCAAUGCUUACUGCCUUAAUGCAAAUCAGAGAAAAUGGUACUAGGGUUAACACACACACACACACACACACAGCUACAGCGCACCCCACUGAUGGCGGGUGGUGUGUGUCAUAGCCAACCAACAAUCAGCUUUUAACUGAAUUAGAAUAUACUUUUUUAAUUAAAAAAGAAAGAAAAAAGAAUCAUAUUUUAAGGCAUACAAUAACCAAACCUCAAACGACAAAGACACACACGCGUUGUGUGUGUUACACACAAAAAGAAAAUGUCUCCAACACAUACCUGGACACAUUCUGAAGCAGAAGAAAAAAAAAAUCUCUCACUAUCUUUGGUUCUAUACCUCCUCUUCCCUCUAAUCCCAAUGCCCUCUCUCUCUCUCUUCCUCUCUAUAUUGAUGCGGGUAUUUAAUUAGUACCAUAGACACAAAGUUUCUAUUUCUUGUUACUAUUGUGCUCUGUUGUGCAUAAGUAUGGCACCUUGUUGAUAAACAAAAAACAAAAAAAGGAAGGACUUUUAA